AGUUGGUAUCGCCACUGAAGUAGGAAACCUAGGUAUCACGCAGUACUUUUGACAGUGUUCGAUUCAACUCGAUUGUGCGAAGCGUUGCUGUAGUUGGAACAUUAACGUUGAGCAUUAUGCCGCAUAAUGCGCUCUAGUGCUGUAAUUGGAAAACUUUAAUCAAACAGAUAUGAUUUUGGGCCAUUGUUUCAUAAAAUUAAGCUGUAUGGGCUAGGUUCCCUUUAUCUGUUUAACGGAUCAAAAAAAAUACUUUAUAGUGCGAUUGACUGACGAAUUUUCUUCGAAUUUUAGAAGCUUUAUUCGUCGCAAGUCAAUCUUUAUUAUGAAAUAAAUGAAAUAUGACUAAAAUUCUUUAAGAAUAUGAAACGAAACUUAAAAGAUAAAAUGAACGAAAACAAACAUUCAAAUCACGGAAUAAGCAAAACGUCAACAAAAACUAAAACGAUGAAUAAAACCAAUCGCAAGAAGGGGUGUAGGCAAAGAUCGAAUACAAACAAAACAGAACCGGAACCGACUACUGAAAUCACCUUAAACGUUCCAAAAGUUGAUUACAGCUCACCUCCAUCCAUAGCAGCACCUCAUGCUCGUCCGGAGCAGCAGUACAGUUUAUGCUGCUGCUGUAUGGAACUCCCUUGCCCCAAGAACCUGUGGCUUGAAUACACCUGGAUGGAAAACACCGAAGUCUACGGGCAAAUGCUCGAACAAUGUUUUGGAUUUAAUUUCCCAGAAGACAUCAGGCCCAAACAGCAGAUAUGCGAGGUCUGCGUCACGAGGCUCCGGGAUUCGGUUCGGUUCAAGAGGCAAGUCGCCGAAUGCACCAAGAGACUAAUGGACAGCCUUCGAGACGUUAAAAUAGCUGCAGGAUCAACAGAAAGAAUCAAAGAAGAAUUCUCGCCCGCGGACCACAACAAUGAAAUAGACUACCAAGAUGACAUCCGGAAUGACAGCGACGAAAUCGAAACAGGAAAACUGAAAGGCGAGUACGUCGAAGAACCCGAGAGGAAAUAUAAGACCGAAGACAAAAUCGUGGGUAGACCGUCGAAAACCAAACAAAUCCGCAAUGUUGACCCCAAAACGCCGAGAGCGAACAUCGGUCUCCUACUCCAACACACAACGAUAUUGCCGUUCAAAUCGAACCGUGGUUACUUCAACUGUUUCUAUUGCGGCAAACAAUUCGUCGUGAUCCAACAGUUGAGAGUACACACGCAAACGGCGCACGGCAACGUUACAUUCGCGUCGAUCACCAAGAACAUCCUGCGACCCAACGAUAAAGUCAAAGCGGAUAUAGGGGAGGUCUCGUGCCGGCUCUGCAGCGAGACCUUGAACGGUCUGCCCCAAACGGUCGAGCACUUGGAGACCAAACACAACGUCCAGUUUAACUACAAGGAGAAAAUGCUGAAGCCGACCGAAUGUCUGCUGUGCUACGACUUGAAGGACGGGAAGUUCGCUUGCGUCGUUUGCCGAAGCGAGUUCUAUUUCUUCAAAACCCUGACGAAGCACAUGAACGAGCACAGCACGAAUUACGUUUGCGACGUGUGCGGGAAGUGCUUUCUGCUGGCGGAGAGGCUGAAGGCGCAUGCGCAGGUCCACGUCAGUAGCUCGGUCAGUUGCGACGUUUGCGGGAAGACGUGCGCGACGGUAGGCAGACUCAGGAGUCACAAGCGACACCACCACAACAAGAGGUCGUACGUGUGCAGCAUCUGCAACAAAUCCUUCCAGACCUUCCGUAUGAGGAUGCAGCACUUCGAGGAGGUGCACAACAGAUCGCCUCUCGAUCUGAGCUGCAAGAUCUGCACGAAGGCCUUCAAAACGACCAGCCACCUCGGUUGCCAUAUGAGAACCGACCAUUUCAAUAUACCGUACGUGAAGAGAAAAAAAAAUAAUUGAGACAAUAAAAGAUUUUUAUCAUA